AUGGGCGAUAAUGACACCGAAGAACAGGACACUUUUCCCGUGCGGAUGGACGAAGAAGGUGAUAAUCGAGGAAAUCCCAAGAGAGGUCGGAGGGUAGAGAAGUUUCAGAAUAAUUUUUCUAGAUGGAUGCUUCCCGAGGAGUUACGGGAGACGUAUUUGGAGCGCGCGAACUGCUGUCCGCCACCAAUCUUCAUCAUCCUCGUCAGUUUAGCGGAGUUGGGAGUGUUUAUCUACUAUGCGGUAUGGAAGCCUCAAAAGCAGUGGAUAACCCUGGGAACAGGGAUCUGGGAUAGUCCUCUUACCCAUAAGCCUGAAAACCGUGAGGAGGCUUGGCGGUUUCUCUCCUACAUGUUUGUACAUGCCGGUGUGGAGCAUAUAAUGGGAAACCUGAUAAUGCAGCUUUUUCUGGGCAUUGCGCUGGAGCUGGUGCAUAAGGGCUUUGAAGUUGGCAUGGUCUAUAUGGCUGGGGUCCUCGCAGGCUCUCUCGCCAGCUCCAUCUUUGAUCCUUUCAGUGCUCUUGUGGGUGCUUCAGGUGGUGUUUAUGCCCUCAUGGGAGGUUACUUCAUGAAUGCUGUGGUGAAUUUCAGGGAGAUGAUGCCACUUCUGGGAGUGUUUCGCAUCCUAGUAAUUGUUCUGAUUGUUGGAACAGAUGUUGGAUUUGCUAUUUACAGAAGAUUCAUUACCCACGAGGCUGGCAUGAAGGUCUCUUUUGUGGCUCAUAUUGCCAGUGGGGUAGCAGGCAUGACCAUUGGUUAUGUGUUUUUCACCAACUACAAUAAAGAGCUCCUGAAGGAUCCACGCUUCUGGAUGUGCAUUGUGGGAUACAUCGCCGCCUUCUUUUUUGCCGUCAUUUUCAACAUCUUCUUGUCCCCAGCACCUGCAUGAGGAGAAUGUGUGUUAAAGUCAUGCAUCAGUUCACAACGGACAAUCAUAGCUUUUUAAAAGGAGCAG